AUGGCUGAACCGUUCAUUACGAUUCGGCGUGGCUCGCAAUACUCCGAAACAGGCGAUAACAAUGGAGCGCAGUUAUCCCCUAUCCAUGAUGCACCUCAGUUCAUUCCAACAUCUGCCUCUUCUGACUUACACCAUACUCCUACCAUCGAAGACUGCUCAGAUGAAGAGGACGGAGCCAAGGCCAACCAUAGACCUCGUCGGUUUGCUCCCAAAGGACAACUGAACACACAGGCUUCUCAUAGCCGAACUCCUCGGCCGCCUGGCCCGUACUAUCCGCCCGACCGCCAAAGAGCGUAUUCGAAUAACUUCAUGCCGCCAUUCUCAAAUCCCCAAGAGAAUAACACCAGAUCCUCUUCGAAUUCUCCACCUUCUCCUACUGCAAUCGUACCCCUUACCCCUGGUAACGGCGAGCAACCCGUGGCUGAGCAUUUCAAUUACCAGCCUGACUCUCCAGUAGAAGGCCCACGACGGACAAGAGGCCACAGACAGCGAAAAUCAUCCUUUAUUGCGCCAUCUUCUCCAGCGGGCCAUAGCUACUCCUCAGUCCCAAGCAGCCUCCAAAGCGAUGUCUUCUCGCAAGACCGUAGGCAAAGCGAGUCACACCGCAGCUGGAGCCCUGACCAGUCAAUGCCAGGGCCUUCUCCUUACCCUCAUAUGAUAAAGCCAAUGCCACCUGAUCAACAAAACCCCGACGCAUUCGCAGGUGGAUGGUCGUCAUCUCCUGGGGCGAACAACCAUAUGCAGCUUGUAGGCCCCGGUCCAGGUCCCAAUGGGCCCACGAUGCCGGGCCCAAUGCCGCAUCGGGAGCCCCAAGAAUUUCAUAGAGAUCCUCCUAUUUCGGGAUACCAACAGAUCGCCAUGAACAUGGCUGGAGAAAUGGGACACACCCUAAUAUAUCCAGUAUAUCGACGUUAUGCCUCGUUAAACCACCGCCUUCUCCUUCAUAUCCAAGACGAGCUCGCUGUACUCGAAGAGGAAUUGGGGAGACUGGAUUACGACGAUGCCUGUGAUAGAACACAGCAUGAUCAUAUACGCCCCGCUUCUCGAAGAGAAGAAGGCAAGCGUGGGAUUGCCAGGGAUGAGCUGAUGAAGAAUAUUAGCUUUAAAUUAGAACAGUACCGUCAAACACUUGCCGCCUUCCAUGAAAUACAGCAAUACCCCCGACCGACGAACGCAGAAAUCGACGGCUAUAGGGACUUCCUCCGGGACGAUGGCCCGAUUGUUGAGAGCGAGGCUAGGUUUAUCCACCACGAGAGCGAUCUCGUGUGUCUCCCCUUCUUCGCGGCAGAUGAGCCCGGACCUCCAAUGAAGGAAAUAUCGGGUAUGCCGCCCCCCUCGCCGAUACAGUCGGAUAUUACUACCCACACGACGAGAAGCAAGCAAGGGAACGACCCCAUGAAGCCCAGGAAGGGGGCCUCCCAGCGCCCUCGGAUCCUCCUCAAUGCUGCCUAUGUUAGCAUUGCAGCUAUUAUUGCCCCUAUUCUCACCUUCUUCGUCAUUCCCAGCUUCUUGGGUCGCAUGUUGAUCGUCUUUGUCGCCAUCGGGGGUGUAUCGGCAGUGGUGAUGUCGUUAGGGUUGCUGCGUGGAUCCGACCAAGCUGUUGUCAGGGAUUGUGUGAUAUGUGCGGGAGUAUACAGUGGGAUUAUGGCUGUAUUGGCUGGACUAUGUUAA